AGAUAGUGUUUCAUACGGGGUAAUUUUUUGGAUUAACGCACAGAUUUGCCGUGUUUCAUGAUGGAAGACGUGCACGAGGUGAUAACAGCAGAAACUACAAUGAACGUGAAUAUUGUACAACUUAAUGCGACAGAGUUAUUAAAAUACUUGCCAGUUACUAUAAUUCUCGUGAUUAUAAUGUGUAUAGGAAUUGCUGGAAAUAUAUUAGUUAUAUACAUUUACAAAAGUAAAUUCAAGAGAUCCAGCGCAAGAGUUUAUAUUCUAAGUUUGGCGUUUGCAGAUCUCACGGUGUGCAUAUUUGGCAUACCAUAUCACGUGUUGGAUUUAACACAGAUUCUGACCUAUCCGGAUAAAUAUCUUUGUAAAGUAUUUAGUUAUUUUAUUGGUGCGUGUACAUUUAGUUCAAUUUUCAUUCUUCUGGUAGUUGGCUUGGAUAGGUACCUCAAAGUAUGUCGACCAUUAAAGAGACAGAUUGUGGAUUUUGGGGACAGAAAAGCGUGCAUUAUUGCAGUUUUUGUAGCCAUAGUAAUAUCUGUUCCAAACGGAAUAAUCUACGGACAUAGUUCAGUUAACACUGGCGUGAAUAAUCAUACAGGGAUAGAAUGUUUUCUUGAUGAUGACUACCAAUAUUCGAGUCUUGUUUUCGGAUACCUUGUCUUUAACAUGAUUGUUUUUCUUUUUUCUGUUGUAAUUUUGAUAAUAAUAUACACAUUAAUUUGCCGUAAAAUUUAUAAAAACGACUCGAAUGGGGAAAUAAUCUUGCAAAAUAGGCGAAAAGUGUGUUUAUGUUGCUAUGGUGAUUCAUCUACCGGUGACGAGGACAUAGAAAUGGAAGAGACGAAACAAAUAGACCUUGAAAGUAAAAAUGUGUCUAGUGAAGAGGAGAAAGGAAUACAACUUCCUUCAGAUAAAAAAUCCUUAUCUACAAAGGAAAACAUUGCAAGAAGGGAAACCUUGAUUAGACAUGCCGGAAGAAAUAAACGGAAAGACAAGGAAAGUAAUACAAGAAAGAUAACUCUGAUGAUGAUGACGAUAACUUUUGUGUUUAUCAUCUCUUACCUCCCUUUUAUGAUUAUUUCUGUAAGGGAUAAUUUAGACGAAACAUUUUGGGACACGUUGACGGAAUCUAAAGCUAUCAUAUUUGAUUUAUUGUUGCGUAUAUAUCUAAUAAACAAUGCAGUCAACCCUAUCAUAUACAGUUUCUGGGAUUUCCGAUUUAGGAAAGAAACUGCAAUACUUCUUAGUAAAAUAUUUUGUUGUGGGAAACAAGCUAUUAAAAACGAAAGUAGAUGUAAAAAUAAGUAUUCAUCCUAUAGUCGUUCUACGAAAAUAACAGAAUACAAUUUAUAA